AUGGCGUCCGAGCUCACCUACCGCGGCGGCGGGGCGUCCACGGCCGCCAGCGCCGGCGCCGGGGGAUACUCCCCGAAGCCAUCCAAACCGCUCGCGUGGCUGCCCCGCGCGGCCCGCUACGCCGUCGCCGAGCACCGCCCGCUCUUCGCGCUCGCCGGGAUGCUCAUCGCCGCCGCCGUCAUCUCCAUCGCCUCCUCGUCCGCCGCCUCCUCCUCAACCACCGGCGCCGCUGCCGUCUCGUCCUACUCCAAGAACAACAACAACAACAACAACCCGCUCGCCCGCUUUUCCGUCGAGCCCGCCCACCACCGCGACGUGGCCACGCGCCACUUCGUCGGCGGCAAGGUGCCGCUGGGCCUCAAGCGGAAGGCGCUCCGCGUCCUCGUCACCGGCGGCGCCGGCUUCGUCGGCAGCCACCUGGUGGACCGCCUCCUCGAGCGCGGCGACAGCGUCAUCGUCGUCGACAACUUCUUCACCGGCCGCAAGGACAACAUCCUGCACCACCUCAACGACCCAAACUUCGAGAUGAUCCGCCACGACGUCGUCGAGCCCAUCCUGCUCGAGGUCGACCAGAUCUACCACCUCGCCUGCCCGGCGUCCCCCGUCCACUACAAAUACAACCCCAUCAAGACAAUCAUAUCCUUUCUCUACAAAUUCCUUCAGUUCCGUUGCGUUCCUUUCCUUUCAUUUCCUCCAUGA